UCAUGUUUGAACAUCUGGUUUUGCUCAUUUCGUAUCAUCUGGCAUAAGUCUCUUUUAAUCUUUCUUUCCAAACUGUUCUACGGCUGUUAAACGCCUUCGGUAUACGGCACUCAAAAAUAUACAAUGUUUAUCUUUGAUUGGUUUGCAGGGGUAUUAAGCUUUUUAGGGUUGUAUCGCAAAAGUGCCAAGUUGAUUUUUUUAGGUCUAGAUAAUGCAGGUAAAACUACAUUAUUAGGUAUGUUAAAAGAAGAUCGUAUGACUCAGCCAAUUCCAACUCUUCACCCCAGAUUAUGGAAAAAGAGUGGCAAACUGUUAUUUUUGGGCUUGGAUAAUGCAGGAAAAACUACACUUUUACACAUGUUAAAAGAUGACAGAAUGGCACAGCAUGUUCCUACUUUACACCCAACUUCAGAAGAAUUAGCUAUAGGCAAUAUGCGAUUUACAACAUUUGAUCUUGGAGGUCAUCAUCAAGCUAGAAGAGUAUGGAAAGAUUACUUUCCUGCUGUUGACGCAAUAGUAUUUCUGGUGGAUGCUUUUGAUCGAGAAAGAUUUCCUGAGGCGAAAGUGGAGCUUGAUAGCCUCUUGUCUGAUGAGCAACUCUCCAGUUGUCCUGUCUUGAUUUUGGGAAAUAAAAUAGACAGAGCAGGUGCUGCCAGCGAAGAUGAACUUCGUGCCUAUUUUUGCUUGCAUGGGCAAACAACUGGAAAGGGUAAGAUUCCAAGAUCAGAAAUUCCUGGACGUCCUAUAGAAUUGUUUAUGUGUAGUGUCUUAAAAAGACAAGGAUAUGGUGAAGGUUUUCGUUGGCUGGCUCAAUAUAUCUAGGUCAAUAAUAAUUAAUAAUCAUUUCAAUUUCCCAAUCAACUCCCUCAUCUAUUCAUCCAUCAAUGGACUUCAAAUGAACAAGUUAAAAAUUUGUUAAACUUAUUGUUAGUUGUUUCUAAACACACACAAACACACAAAAAGGCCAUCAGUUUAUAAAACUUUUUUAUAAUAUGUUUUAUUCUUGUAUCACUGCCUUGAAAAGACCUAUGAAUUGCAAUUUGAUAAACACCAUAGAUAAUAUAUGUAUUAAUAUUGGAUGCUAGCUACUGAAAGAUGUGUGGGGUUGUAUUUAUGUACUGAAACAUAUUUAAAUGUCUGACAAUGAAUACAUUUUACAUGUUAUUUUGUCUUUCCUGUGUUUGAAAAGAUUAUUUUACACAUAUUUGUAAAGUACAUGUUGAUCUAUGUGUAAGAGUCUUCCUUUUCGUAAACUGAUCAAAUCCAUAGACAUAUAUUCAAAAUAUGAAUAUUCAUAAAUGUCUACAAAGAGUUCAUGUUAAUUUAAUGAAAUGAUAAAUGACCCUUUUUGAAAUAAAAUAUAAUGGAGGAAAGUUGAUGGGAAUUUUAUGUUCUAAUUCAGUUCAUUAUUUCAACAUGUAUUUCUACCACUAUUUUAUGCAGCUGUAUUGUGUAUAUCUAUAAUGACUACUUGUUAAAUACUGAAGUAUUAAAUUUAUUUAUUAGGUUUCUAUCAAAAGCAUACACUUAUAUUUUCAAUGGAACAGAAAUUAUCUUAUUUUUUUAAUUCCAUAUCAUGUGAUAGGUAGAUAAUCAGUGCUUUAUUUAUUAGUUUAAAAAAUUGAAAUAUAUAAUUUCAUAUGUAUUUUUUCAUUAAGGAAAUAUUUUUUUCUUGUCCAAACCUUUAUUUUUCAUAUUUAUCCUAUUCAUUGCAUUAAAUAUUGUACUUAAAUUACCUGAAACACUAAUUAUUAAAUGUGUAAACAUUUUAUGAACUAACACUUUAAUGUAAAUUUGAGAAUUAAUAAUUUGAAAUGAAAUUAUCUGUUUGCAAUUUAUGUAUCAAAAUUUCUUCUCUAAAAGAAUUUUCUUUCUUUUUUUUACUUAAAUCUUUGUGUAAAAUUGUAAGGAAUUUUGAUUUAUUUUUUGCUAUGGUACUUUUCACAAAAUGGUUUGUUCUUCUGAUUGUAUAUAUAAGUUUAAAAAGUGAGAUUCUGCAAUAAUAAUAAUUUUAUAAUGUUAUAAAUGUUGUAUUGUUAUGCAUUUUGACUAAGGAGAGUUUGACUUAGUUCUUUCAUAUAGGAAAAUGUUGAAGAUUUGACUUUUAAUAAGGAAUUUAAUUUUUGCAUCUGCAUAAUUGUGCGUUUGAAUUGCAUGUUAUAGUAUUCUGUAGCAUGAAAUAUUAAAUAUGCAGUUAUUUGAGCUAUCUUAAAUUAAAAACGAAGAAAAUAUUUAUCUUUUAUACAUGUUUAUAUAGCCUUCAAAAUAUAUCUGUUUUUAUUUACCCCAUUUCAAGAGGCAUUUCUUUCAUAUGAAGCUAAUUUAAAUGUUAAAAAUUAUAAUGCACAUGUUAGCAGCUUUAUCUAUCUAUUUAUUCACUUUACUUUAAAACUUUACGUAUUUUAAAAUUAAAAGUACCCAGAACAUUCAUACAUCAGUUUAGUUAAAGAAAUGUGGACAUUCUCAAAGCAUUGUUUUAUUUAAUGUUUCACAUGCAUUGCUAUACAAUAGAAAAAGAUUGUUUUUUAAAUAAGCUUAUUUAUGCUUGUAAUUUUAUAUCUGGUCUUUGACAGUUCAGUGUAAAUUAACUCUAUGCAAACUUUUUCUGUGAAACUGGAAUUUUUUUAUUUCUCAGCAAAUGUAAUUAUUGCAUUGCAGUACAGAAACUUGCAAUAAAAAUAUUUAUACAAAA